CAGAGACGGAAUAAUGCCAGCGGCUUCUCAAAUGGGAUUUGGAGACUUCUUGUUUGGGAAGUCUAUGGGCCUUCCUCAGGGAUACCAGAACGUGCUAUUGGGAUGUGCACCGCCAGUUUCUCAUCCAUCGGCACCUCCGAAUUCUUUUCUGCCGCCUACUGGGGUGCAGGGUUACCGUUUCAUUCCCUACCCACACAUGACUCCAAUGGGGCAACUGAGUCCAACCUUUGACCUGAAGGCUGCAUCUCCCUAUCAUCAGGCUCUUUUGAGCCAGAGCACCCCCUUUUACUCUCCUUAUCGGACCCUGGUGACAGAAGACCCAAGCCGAGUGGUAAAAGCCGCCACCCGGGAAAGCACAACUGCCCUAAAAGCCUGGCUCAACGAGCACCUUAAGAACCCCUACCCUACCAAAGGCGAGAAGAUCAUGUUGGCUAUCGUGACUAGGAUGAGCCUGACUCAAGUGUCCACUUGGUUUGCCAACGCUAGGAGGCGACUGAAGAAGGAGAACAAGAUGAGCUGGGUGCUGGCAAGAAGCAAAUCCGAUGAGGACGAGAGUGAUGGGGAUGAUGACGAGAGUACGGGUAAAGGAGAAAGUGGGGAAGAGGAAGAGGAGGAAGAGCAAGACAUCGAAUUGCACACCUCAGUGGAGUCAUGUGAGAAGGAGGCAUCAAACCAUGAGCCUCACCAGAGCACAGGAGGGUUCCCUGAAAUGGACAGGAGCCUUACUGUGGAUAACAAAAUUAAGCCAUUAAAACACGAGCCACCCAAAAAAUUGGAAGGCAAGGGAGACGUUAACGGACUGGCGGAUCGAAAGGAUGCUGCUCACAAGGGUCUGGGGCCAAAAGAGAGCACAGAGUCCCCUAAGCCUAAAAUAUGGUCUUUAGCCGAGACUGCGACUUCUUGUUCAGCCACAGAUUCGGGUAACAAAACAAACAUCAGUCAUAACAGCAACCAGGACAUUGGAGCCUUGUGGGCGGAGCUGGCCAUCAGGAACGGACACUACUUUCCAGUUCAUUUCCCCUGUGAUCCUCAAAGAAGCGCGAGGGCGGGCGAUUUGGGGAAUUGCUAACCUGCCUUCCCCAGUUCUCUCCACGUGCACUUACACAUUUGUAUUUAUUUUUAUGACUUCAUUUUUGAACAUACCAGACCGUCCAAGGAACUCUUUUUUAAAAGAUCGCGGAAUUAAAAGUCGAACGUUUAGCCUUGGCUUUGGGGCGUUCCGUGUCCAUAAAGAAGUCAAACCGACGUUCUGUAGAUGCUCUGUAAUUUUGUACAUUUUGUAAAUACACAGUUUGUAUACUCGACUUUGGUUGUAUAUUUUAUGUAAUAAAUUUUAUUAAGAACUGUU